AUGCUGGCCAAAGAUUCGAUUCAGCAUAUUAUGAAGCCGCGAUCGCCUAAAAAGUUGGAUGAUCGGAACCUUCGAUUUACCAAGAAUGGCACUUUUCAGAUCUCUGUAUUUAGUGAUUUGCACUUCGCUGAAAAUGCGACACUCGAUUCUAUGACAAAAAGGGUCAUGUCACAUGUUCUGUCAAGGGAAGAUGUACAACUGGUUGUUUUGAACGGAGACUUGAUAUCCGGCGAAGCUACAGAUGGUGACAAUUCUGGCCACUAUCUUCAUGAAGUUGUGACACCGUUGGUUGAGAUGGACAUUCCAUGGGCAUCAACCUAUGGUAACCAUGACAGUGAAAUCAACUUGAAUCCGAUGAAGGAUAUCUACGAUCAUGAGAUACAGUACAAGAAUAGCCUGACUAGAAGUAUGGUUACAGGCCCAAAGGCUGGAGUCACGAAUUACUAUUUGCCAGUCUAUCCGCACGAAAGCUCCGAGGACACGCCUUCUCUUAUUUUAUGGUUUUUUGACUCGAAAGGGGGACAUUACGCAACAAAUCGAGGUAUAAACGGACUUUCGGGUACAAGAGGUGAUUGGGUCCACGAAGAUGUACAGUUCGUCCCCACUUACAAUCAUAGGCCUCUAACAAAGUCAAAACAGGUCGUUGAAUGGUUUAUAAAUCAAAAUGCCAAUUUGACCGCGAAGUAUCGCAAAGUCAUUCCAUCGCUCGCAUUUUACCAUAUUCCUGCACAUGCGAUGUUUAGCUACCAGGAAGAGGAAUUUGAUUCUAAAGCAACUCCCGGGAUCAACGGGGAAAUCGUAGUGUCGCAAGGUUCUGGCGACACCAACUACACUGGGCAGGAUAACCAGUUUAUGCAGGCCCUCCUCAACACUACGGGAUUGAUUGCGACAUUCAGUGGUCACGAUCAUGACAAUGACUGGUGUUUCAAGUGGAAUGGUAGUAUCGUUGAGCAAGAAUUGACGGGAAACGGUGUCAAUAUGUGCUAUGGCCGGCAUACUGGCUACGGCGGUUAUGGUGAUGCCGCCCGUGGUGGACGACAAAUCUUCCUGGAUCAAAGAGCCAUGGAAGAUGAGAUACAAACAUGGAUUCGGCUCGAGGACGGCACAACGUCAGCUGCAAUAACGCUGAACGCAACCUAUGGCCAGGAUCAAUACGAAGAGGUUGCGCGGAGAAUGGUUCAAGCUUCAAGAGUUUCCAGUACACAUGAGCAAUCUGUUUUGCUCCCCUGGGUCGUCUUAUGGAGUCUUACCCUGGUCUGCUUUCGCGUACACCUUUUCUAG